AUGGUCUAUGGUUAUUAUCAUAUCACUCUGCUCCUUGUGCACGUAAGCGCCAACCCCCCUGAUGAGAAACAUUACCACAAGGUCUCGGUCUCUUUGAGUCUAACGAAGCACAGAAUUUGCACAUCUGCAUUAUACACGAUGACAUAUGGACAAAUCACGGUGGAAUUCAACUGCUCCAGGCUCACUGCCACUCUGGGCUUGUCGCUCUUUAUCUUGGGUCUUGGGGUUGGGCCCUUGUUCCUCGCGCCAUUGUCCGAACAAUCUAAUAACGCCAAUCAAUCGAGUUGCAGUUAUAUGGCCCGCUGCCCGUUGUACCUGGUAGCUAUGGCACUCUUCGUUCUAUGGCUUAUCCCGUGCGCUACCGCACAAAACAUUCAAACAAUGCUCGUCGCACGCUUCUUCGGUGGAUUCUCGAGCAGCGCAUUCAUGACCGUGGCUGGAGGGUCGAUUAGCGAUCUCUUCUCGCACGAUGAGUUGCAGCGGCCCAUGAUGGUUUAUACGGCGACUCCAUUCCUAGGCCCCAUCAUUGGACUGGUGGUUGGCGCGUUCAUUAACCAAUACACCUCCUGCUGCGUCCUGCUGAUCUUCAUGGUCCUUUUCAUGUCGGAAACGUACCAUCCGGUUCUCUUGCGGCAUAAAGCACAGAGGCUGCGAAAGGAGACCGGCCGUGCUUAUUAUGCCUGGAUCGAAAAGUCCGAUAAAUCAAUCGUGACGGAGGUGAUGUGGUCAUUCUCGCGCCCGUUGCAGUUGCUAUUACUCGAACCAAUGGUGACGUGUCUGUGUGUUUAUACAUCCAUAGCCCUUGGAAUGCUCUACCUCUUCCUUGACGCCUUCUAUACCAUAUUCACCAACAACUAUGGUUUUGAGCUAUACCAAGUCGGCCUAUCGUUUCUCGGUUUGCUUUUCGGGACAGUAACUUCCGCUGCGACCCAUCCAUUCUGGAACGGGAAUUACCGACGCCUUGUGCGGAAGCGGGAGGCGAGUGGAGGAGAGCCAGGGGCCAGCGAACCGGAAUACAGAUUACCCCCUGCAAUUGCAUCUUCGAUUUUGCUUCCGCUGGGCAUGUUCUGGUUUGGCUGGACGACGCACGGAUCCAUCCACUGGAUCGUCCCGAUUAUCGGUAGCAGCUUCUUUAGUGCAGGUGUCGUCCUAGCAUUCAACGGGGUCCUAACCUUCCUUGUACAUGCGUACCCGGUGUAUUCGGCGAGUGCCAUGUGUGCGAACAUGAUCCUCAGGAGCAUCUUCGCCGCCGCAUUCCCCAUAUUCGGCGUUCAGUUGUACGAAAAGCUCGGAGAUCAAUGGGCAACGUCGCUUCUUGGGUUUGUGACUGUUGCAAUGAUGCCUUUUCCCAAAAUCCAUAGCAUGGAGUCCGUUUUCUUGCUGAAUGAAUGA